AUGAACUCGGCGGGGGCGCGAGUCGAAGACGUCUGUACCAUGCGAGAAGAGGAGCUUGAGCAGUUGCACCGUGCUCAAAAGGAAACACUCGAGCUGGAGCUCAGCUGGCUCCCAAAACCACGCCUAAAGUACACCAAACGAUUUCUCGAACUACAGAAGACCAAAGCCGGUCUCGUGAGGCUUCACCAAUACCAUGACGCCCACACGGUUCACAAGGCUCUGGUCAAGCUGCAACCAGUGGAAGAAAAAGCCUUCCUCGCCGAGUACAACGCCCAGAUUGCCCUGAAGCGGCAAGCAUUGGAGAAGCGCCAGGCACACGACCGGGAAAAGCUGCGUGAGUCUCUGACCGACUUUCGCCUUCGUGAGGAGAGAGAACGGAACAAGGUCACAGAGAACGUGAAGAGCAAACUGAAGCACAGCGAGAGAAGCAUGGGCCACGCGCAUGUCAUGGCUCUCAAGCGUCGGCCGGAACUCGCCCAGAAACCAUCAGCCCACUGGCAGCAGCGCGCGCACUUUGCCUCGUCGGCGGCGGCGUUGCGAGGGGAACAGUUGGCGCAAGCUGUUAAGGGAAAGGCCAGCGGCAGCGCCAUCAAAGUUGCCGACCUUACCAGCAUUCAUGACUUCGGGAAGGGCCUGAGCGGGACGGUCUCGACGUAUGAAGACACCGCCACUGUAUCAUGA